AUGUCUGCCAAGAGGUUCACCCCUAAGCGAAACCACCAACACCAUACCUGUAAUGAGACGUUUGUCAUUUGGGGAGCCAAGACAAGAUUCAGGCUAGAGAACCACAAGGUCGAAAAAGGUUACGCCGAAGUGUUAAUUGGAGAGGAUGAAGUAGCCGUAGCGGUUAGUCCUAGUGGCACGGCCCAUGCUCUAGUAAAUGUCGAUCCUGUGCGCUCUACUUUCUUCAUUGGUUGCCAAGACAGUGAUAUGCAGAACAACAGCUCCACUAGCGACUACAAAAUAUGGAAAGAUCUAUAAACCAAAGUGGGGUUAGUUUAGUUUCUCUUGUUCAUUCAGAUUCUCAUUGGCCUUUCCUUUCUUUCGAGAUUAUUUGUAUAGAAUAGGCUUUG